AACCAUCAUUUCUUCUUUAAGGAUAAAAAUUAGUACUUAUGAGCAUCAGAAUCAAAUAGUGUAAGGAGCUGUUCUACAAGAUUUUCAAAACUGCCUGAUAUCUAUCGGGAGGGGAUCGUAACAGCAGGACAUGUCCCCAUAGUUCUGUUCUGCUUUUCCUUCUACAUUAGCCAGUAUGUCAUAAGACUGAACGGAUCACAAGAUUUCAGUUACGAUAUGAACACAUCCUGUUUGGCUUUCUCUGGGUUAUUUACUGUAGAUUGGAGAGGUGCUAAACCCACAUCUAUCUGUCACUCUGAAUCUUGGCCAUGAUUUUGUGCUCUGAUGAGAAAAGUGCAAUCUGUAGCUUGACUGUGGGACUGUCCCGCCAAUUCUGAAUGGCAAUGUGCAGCAUACUCGGUUCUGGCAGAGCAUGGAGAAUGAUGAAUUUCCGCCAGAGGAUGGGAUGGAUUGGCGUUAGCCUCUACCUCUUUGUGAGCGCUGCUGCAUUCUACUAUGUAUUUGAAAUUAAUGACACUUAUAACAAACUUGCUCUGGAACAUGUACAGCUGAAACCACAGGAGCCACACAGAGGAACCACAUGGACACACUCCUUAAAAGCACGCCUGCUCUCCUUACCUUUUUGGCUCUGGGCCACCCUCUUCCUUAUUCCCUACUUUCAAGUGUUUCUGUUUCUAUACUCUUGUACAAGAGCUGACCCUAAAACUGUUGGGUAUUGCAUAAUACCCAUAUGCCUGGCAAUUAUCUGCAAUCGUCACCAGUCGUUUGUCAGGGCAUCAAAUCAGAUAAGCAGAUUGCAGCUAAUUGACACAUAGACUGCAAAAUAAUUUCCUCAAAGGAAGAAGAAAACCAACCAUGACAGGAAAUCGAGACAAUCUGCUUUUCUCUCUACCAUUUUACUUCAAGAGAGGGUCUGUCUUGCUGUCUCUUGGGGCAACGUAAUAUUUAAAUAAAAACAAAACCAAAUAGUUUUUUUUUUUGUUUUUUUUUUUUAAUGAAUGGCAGGUUGACAAUUACAUUUUAUUUCACUCACUCUUUGUAUCAAAGGGCUAAAAAGGUUUCCCCUCCAUUCAUGUAAACCAAAUGGGUAGCUUUCCCUAUUUUUAGACAUGUAUUUCUGCCAUUGUCCUCGUCACUGAAGUGAGAGAGCUAGUGUGAAUCGAAGGUUUCAAAAUGAAUGAAGGGAAAUACAGGUGUCAUUAUAUUCAAUAAAUAGGCAAAUUAAAUCUGGUCUUAGAACAUUUAAAAGGGAGCAUCAGGAGACCUUGUUCAUUGUUGUAACCAUGUAGAUGGGGGAAGGACACUGCAUUAAAUGGGUAAAUAAUGUGAAAUGUAGAAAUGGUUGUGGAAGGGCACAGUCGGGUUUCUUUUUGAAUAAUUUAUUAGAAAAUCUUAAUGCUGUUUGUUGGAUUACACCGCAUUUCUCUUAGUGGUUUUAUAUCUUUAUGGAAAUUAAAUAAGGCCCACGGGUUUGAGUCCGAGAUUUGACACUUGAGAAAUUGUUGCAUAGUACUUUUGAACUCUCCCGGUACAAUGCCAGUUCUGCUAUGAUUUUGUACAAAACAAAACCACAGUACUACAUGAACAUUUUUUUUGUGCAUAAAAAGAAGUAGGGGCUUACAGGAAAUUUUGAAAUAUGUAUUUUGUAUUUUCCUGCCUUGACCUUUUCUACUGAAAUUGGAUUCAUAUUUUGAGGAAUAAUGUUCACAUCGUCAAAUUGUUAUGUGCGAGCAGGAAACACUGGGUUUGGGCUUAUUGCAUACCUUGUACUUGUAAUUUAUGGGAAGAAAUCAAUAAAAUAAACAUGUUUAACGGUGA